GUCCUCGGGGCGAGCGAGUCGGGCUGUGCGCGGCGGCGGGGAAAGAGCCAUUCGCGGCCGCUGCCGCCCCGCGCCGCCCGCGCCGCCUCCAGCCGUGCCCCUAGCGGAGCGCGCAGCCCGUCCGCCCCGCGCUCCCAGGCUCCAGCGGGAACAUGGGCACCGGGGACUUCAUCUGCAUCUCCAUGACCGGAGGGGCGCCCUGGGGCUUCAGGCUGCAGGGCGGCAAGGAGCAGAAGCAGCCCUUGCAGGUGGCCAAGAUUCGAAGCCAGAGCAAAGCUUCCGGGUCUGGACUCUGCGAGGGAGAUGAAGUGGUUUCUAUCAAUGGAAACCCCUGUGCAGACCUCACCUACCCGGAAGUCAUCAAGCUCAUGGAGAGCGUGACGGACUCUCUCCAAAUGCUCAUCAAAAGAUCUCCGAGUGGGAUAAAUGAGACUUUGCUCCCUGAAGCUGGAAACCAAAACCACAAGCUUCUCACCCAGGAGGGGUAUGUGGCAAGUACCACCCUGCAGAUCCGACCGGCCACAGGCGGCCAGUGCAGAGAGUCCUCCAGCAGCCCGGCCCCACGCAGAACCCCCGUGGCCGAGGACGGAGAGAGUGGUCCAGACCGCUCGGGGAGUGUGGAAGAAGAUGCCGCCUCCCCUGGGGCUCCCCACACUGUGGAAUCCCGCAGAGGAUGCUUCGCAGCCGAGACUCUCCUAAGCGGGGAGGCGCAAGCAGGGCGGCCGGGCUCUGUGGUUGAAUUCCAGCUGUCCCUUCCCCAGGAGGGGCACAAGGGCUCCAGUGCCCCGGGGGAGGCUCCCCUCGAAGCUGAGAGAUCUCAGUCUCCUGACCCAGACCCCACCGUCCAGCGUGACAGCUCUGUCCGCCUCCAGCCAGUGCCUGCCGAGGCGCCCCGGGGCCCUUCCCUGAGAUCCAGCAAGACUAUCCAGCUCUCGAGUGGCCCGGACUUGACAGCGAUCCCGGACGGGGAGGCAGGCGAUGUGGGGCUGUCGCGAGUGGACGUGAUCCUCGACUGCUCUGCCAGGCAGCAGACGGAAGGGUACAGGCUGCAGGCAGGAAAGGGGUGUGUGGACUCUGCAGGGGAAGGAGGGCAGUCCGAAGCACCUCCUUCUCUGGUAUCCUUUGCAGUCUCCUCAGAAGGCACUGAGCAGGGGGACGAGCCCCACUCGGAAAGGGAUCACAGCAGACCUCACAAGCACAGAGCGCGCCACGCACGGCUCCGGAGGUGUGAAAGCCUAUCGGAGAAGCAGGUGAAAGAAGCCAAGUCUAAAUGCAAAAGCAUCGCUCUCCUGCUCACAGACGCCCCGAACCCCAACUCCAAGGGGGUGUUGAUGUUUAAGAAGCGGCGGCGCAGGGCCAGGAAAUACACCCUCAUCAGCUACGGGACCGGGGAGCUGGACCGAGGGGCGCGCGGGGCGGAGGAGGGGGAGGAGGAGGAGGGCGACCCCGAGGCCGUCUCUGACGUGGCCUUCCUGGGUGCCAGCGAGUCGGAGGUGGACGAGGAGCUCCCCUCGGACGCCGAGGGCAGCAGACACGCCGUGACCUUCGACUGGGACUCCGGGCUGGUGGACAUCGAGAAGAAGCUGAGCCGGGGCGACAGGAUGGAGACGCUGCCGGACACCGCGGGCAAGGGGGCCCUCAUGUUCGCCAAGAGGAGGGAGCGGAUGGACCAGAUCACAGCCCAGCAGGAGGAGGAGAGGGGGGGCGGCGUGCCAGAGGCCGCCCCGCCCGGCGGCCUGGGCACCCUCACUCCGUCGUACCAGCGGAAGGAGGAGCGCGCCGUGAGCGUGCAGAGCUCCGUGAACAAGAGCUACAUCGAGGUGGCGCAGGGGCUGGGCCACAUGCCGCAACAGAAUGGCUUGGGCGCGCUGCCCGAGACCCCAGAAGCCCACCGGAUGCUGCCCAUGAACAGAACGGCCAAGCCCUUCCCGGGGGCCGGCCACCAGCCAGUGGCCCCCUUCUCCCCCACCCGCAACGUGACCAGUCCCGUCGCGGGCUUCCCCGCCCCUCCGCCCUACUCUGCAGUCACCCCGCCCCCGGAGGCCUUCUCCCGAGGGGUUCCGAGUCCCACCGGGGGCCCGGCGCCGCCCCCUCCCUGGCCGCAGCCUGCCCCCUGGUCCCAGCUGAGCUUCUACGACGCCCCCGAGCGCAUCGCCUCCCGGGACGAGAGGAUCGCGGUGCCAGCCAAGAGGACCGGCAUCCUGCAGGAGGCCAGGAGGAGAAGCACCACCAAGCCCAUGUUCACGUUCAAGGAGCCCAAGGUGAGCCCCAACCCCGAGCUCCUGUCGCUGCUGCAGAACGCAGAGGGGAAGCGGGGUGCCGGCGCCGGCGCCGACUCGGGCCCCGAGGAAGACUACCUGAGCCUGGGCGCCGAGGCCUGCAACUUCAUGCAGGGCGCCUCUGCCAAGCAGAAGACCCCGCCGCCCGUGGCCCCGAAGCCCGCAGUCAGGUCAUCCCCGUCCCAGCCGCCGACUCCGGUCUCUCCAGUCUGGGCGCCAGGAGGAGCCUCCACCCAGCCUCCAGCCUUCCCCACGCCCAGCCCCUCGCAGGGCAUCGCGGUCUCCUCGAUCAAAGUCACCCCGCCUUCCUACCCUCCAGCCAGGCCCGCGAGCGUCCAGAACCUGGCGGGUCCCUUCCCGGGCCCACAGGCGGCGGUGGCCAGUCAGCAUUACACACCCAAGCCACCAGCCGGCCCCACCCCGACAGCGAACGCUGCCGCUUACGCCGCGUCGGUGGGACCGUCCAACGAGCUUCCAGGAAUGAGCGGGAAAGGAGCCCAGCUCUUUGCCAAGCGGCAGUCCAGGAUGGAGAAGUACGUGGUGGAUUCCGACACGGUGCAGGCCCACGCGGCCCGCGCGCAGUCCCCCACCCCAUCGCUUCCUGCCAGCUGGAAGUACUCGUCCAACGUCCGGGCGCCUCCUCCCAUGGCCUACAACCCCAUCCACUCGCCCUCCUACCCACUGGCUGCUCUCAAGUCACAGGGCUCGGGCCCGCAAGCUGCCAAGACGAGCAAGAAAAAGGGCAAAAAGCCCCUCAAUGCCUUGGAUGUCAUGAAGCACCAACCGUAUCAGCUCAACGCAUCCUUGUUCACUUUCCAGCCACCCGAUGCCAAGGAUAGUCUCCCCCAGAAGUCAACUGUCAAGAUCAGUUCCGCGCCGGCCAUGGCCAUGAAGCAAGCCCUCCCUCCACGGCCGCUGAGUGCCAGCUCACCCACUCACGCGCAGGCCUCGUCCGUGUACUCUGUGCCAGCCUAUAGCUCCCAGCCUGCCUACUUCGCAGAGGCCAGCUCCCCGGUCAGCGCCUCCCCAGUGCCCGGGGCCCUUCCCACCUCUCCGAAGCAAGGAUCAGCCUCACCAUCUUAUUUUGUGGCACCGAGGCCGAAGUUCUCAGCCAAGAAAAGUGGUGUCACAGUUCAGGUGUGGAAACCGUCAGUGGUGGAAGAGUAAUGUGGUAGCUUAUUGCCCUCUUUGCCUGAACUGAAUUGUUUGCAGUGUCCCUUGAGUCCCUGAAAAUGCCUAGCGAGUCCACAGCUUACUUAAUUUCAGAUGUCACCUCCCAUGCUGGGUCCAAGGAGCGUAAUCGUUUUUUUUUUUUUUUCUUUUGAAUGAGUCAAAAAUCUAACUCAGGUUGCCUUUAAAAAAAAAAAACCUACUUACUUCCUUGACACUUCGAAAACCCCAGGGCACCCCCAAUAGACAUAUGCAACUGUGUUAAGUAAGCGGGAGAUGUAGGAUUUAUAUUUGAACCACAAGAAAGACAGUGAUCAGUGUUAUCAAGCAUUAGGACAUAGCCUUUGUGUAACAAAGCAGCUGUGCUUAUACGGUACAGCUUCAAGUGCAGUGAAAAUGUGACAUGCAUGGGCCGGAAUUGCUUUGUUACGGCCUAUGUUAGAUCAGACGAAAGAACUCUGUGGAGGAAGGGACGCAGCCCUGGUCUGUCACCCCCAACCACGCGUUUGCUAUCUCAGCAAAGAUGCCGUGGGAUUGCUGGAAAUGCAUAGUCUUUAGAGCGUGGAGCAGAAUGAAGAGGUGUUCAUAAUUCCUGCACACUUGUUUUGCGUUCGCUUCCUUGCCAGGGACUUUACCCAUUUUGACUGACUUCAGGAGACUUCAGACAGUGAAGCUGACAGAGCAAGCAGGGCAGUUAUCCUGAGAGACUAGUUCUGUCCUCCUUCCCUUCUAACGCCAGACACUGAGAAAAUCUCCAGUUGCCAGUGAUGCCCGAGGUUCGCUUAUCUCAGUGGAGGCGGGUGGUAGAGCCGAGCGAGAAGGCGUCGUGUCUAGGGAAGGAAGCAGGCUGCAGGGAAAGCUAGGCCCGAGGGCUGUGUCUGACACGAACCCCUGGCACCUGGAGGCUCAGAGCACCUGAGUAGAUGCGCUUGGAACCCACCUCGCACCUUUCUUUCCUUGGGUUGGUUUUGCUUUUUGAGGACGGCUUCUCACACUAAUCAUUGCAAUGGUCUUCUUGCGUCUUUACUUGAGUAUUUAUAUUUGACGGACCAGGAGGAUUCAGGCAAGGUUACCUUGUAAAUUCGGAAUGGUCCCACACUGUGCGGUUAUGCGGCUGGCUAAGAAGGUAUCCAUGCCAUUGACAGUAACCCUGAAGACCUUUCUUAUGUCUCUCUUAAGUCCAAGUCUGACCAACCAUGGAAAGUAGUCAAUGUAGAGAUGCACAAAACGAUUUGACAGCUCCAAGGAAAGCUACCAAGAAAAUACAGGAGAUAUAUUCAGAGACUUCUCAUGAAAGUUGGCCUCUCUUGAGGGUAGAUGGUACUAUUUUAGCCCUCCAAAAAUACCUGUAUUCCUGUUCUUUUUUUUUCUGCUGUCACUGUCGAUCUGCUAUGUAUUUUUCACUGUCCUAUUAAAAUAUUACUUCUGUA